UGUUCACGUUCCUGGUCGAAUUAAUACUUGUUCAUUAAAUUUAGAAUAGUCAGAUGACAACAUUCGAUAUGGAUGUUUGUUGUAAAAAGUUGACAUUGUCUUUUUGAAGUUCGUAAGAUACACUAAAAAUGGAAAACAAAAAAGAAACUGAUGUUGGAAUUACAAUUCAAACCUGGGACGAAACUCAAAAAUGUGCUGCGGAAUUUAAAAAGUUAUUGCGUAUACUUACUGCUCGAAUAAAGAAUUUGGAGGAAACAAGGUUUUCAGAAGAAUUACGGGCCACAAUUGAUCAAGAACUGAACUGCUUUUCGGAAAGAAUAACGGAUACAGCAGCUCAAUUAAAUGAAAUUCCUCAUCUUGUUGCAGAAUUGCAAAAUACUAUGCUAAAAUUCAAUCUUACCAAUCAAUUACCUCAUAUUCGACGGGAAAGAGGAAGAGCACUUAUUCCUGCAACAGACAGUGGAUUUGACAGUACGACUUAUAGUGGGACCUCAAAGAUUAUCAACAGCGGAAUUAUUCCUUCAACAAAUAGACCAUUUGACGAUGAAACUUACAGUGACACUACACAGGAUAUAACCAAUAGCGAUAAGAACAUUAAAGCACCAGGUUGA